AUGUACCGGGAUAAGCCCGGUAAGUUGAAGGCGGAAGUGAAGCAGGUGGAUGUGACCGAGGUGGUAUGGGGCGGGAUGAACAAGGAGAUCAACCGGACUGAUAGCUAUAAAAAGCCGAACCCGGCGGAUAUCCAGCUUUCGGGCGGUUCCUUGUCCAAGGGUAGAGACAAGAGACCGGCUGUUGUGGAGUGGCGCGUCUUGCAGGCGGCUGCUCCGCUCUAG